GAUAUAGCGUCCAGUGGACUUGUGAUCAGUUUUCGAUAGCUCAGCAUCGCCCAGUAAACCGUUCUAGAAAGUCUCGUUAAAACAGCUCUACGAAAGAUGGGCAAGGAGAAGAUCCAUAUUAACAUUGUGGUGAUUGGUCAUGUGGACUCAGGCAAGUCUACAACCACCGGACAUCUGAUUUACAAAUGCGGUGGCAUCGACAAGCGUACAAUUGAGAAGUUCGAGAAGGAGGCCCAAGAGAUGGGAAAGGGCUCCUUUAAGUAUGCCUGGGUGCUGGACAAGCUGAAGGCGGAGCGAGAGCGCGGUAUCACCAUCGACAUCGCUCUGUGGAAGUUCGAGACGGCCAAGUACUAUGUGACCAUCAUCGAUGCCCCCGGCCAUAGAGAUUUCAUCAAGAACAUGAUCACCGGUACCUCGCAGGCCGAUUGUGCGGUGCUGAUCGUGGCUGCUGGAACCGGCGAGUUCGAGGCCGGUAUCUCCAAGAACGGCCAGACCCGUGAGCACGCCCUGUUAGCUUUCACGCUGGGCGUGAAGCAGCUUAUCGUGGGCGUCAACAAGAUGGACUCCACUGAGCCGCCCUACAGCGAGGCCCGCUAUGAGGAGAUCAAGAAGGAGGUGUCUUCUUACAUCAAGAAGAUCGGCUACAACCCGGCAUCUGUGGCCUUUGUGCCCAUUUCUGGGUGGCACGGCGACAACAUGCUGGAGCCCUCUGAGAAGAUGCCCUGGUUCAAGGGAUGGUCCGUCGAGCGUAAGGAGGGCAAGGCUGAAGGCAAGUGCUUGAUCGACGCUCUAGACGCGAUCCUGCCUCCCCAGCGUCCCACCGACAAGCCUCUGCGUCUGCCUCUCCAGGAUGUCUACAAGAUCGGAGGCAUCGGUACAGUACCAGUGGGUCGUGUGGAGACUGGUCUCCUCAAGCCAGGCAUGGUCGUCAACUUCGCUCCGGUCAACCUGGUCACCGAAGUAAAAUCGGUGGAGAUGCACCACGAGGCUCUCACCGAGGCGAUGCCCGGCGACAACGUCGGCUUCAACGUGAAGAACGUCUCCGUUAAGGAGCUGCGUCGCGGCUAUGUGGCCGGCGAUUCGAAGAACAAUCCUCCCAGGGGAGCAGCCGAUUUCACCGCUCAGGUAAUUGUGCUGAACCAUCCGGGACAGAUAGCCAAUGGCUACACUCCUGUAUUGGAUUGCCACACGGCCCACAUUGCCUGCAAGUUUGCGGAGAUCAAGGAGAAGUGCGACCGCCGUACUGGCAAGACCACUGAAACGGAGCCGAAGGCCAUUAAGUCCGGAGAUGCGGCCAUCAUUGUGUUGGUGCCCAGCAAGCCGCUGUGCGUCGAGAGCUUCCAGGAGUUCCCACCGCUGGGACGGUUCGCCGUGCGCGACAUGAGGCAGACCGUCGCCGUGGGCGUCAUCAAAUCGGUUAACUUUAAAGAGACGACCUCGGGCAAGGUGACAAAAGCCGCUGAGAAGGCACAGAAGAAGAAAUAACUAGGGUGCCAGCAAAACUACAUCACUCGAACCCAACAACAACAAGAACAACAACAGACGGCUAGAGCAACAGCAACAACACACACCAGUACACAUGUCAAAAUUAUAAUAUCCACUCGACGAUCAAAGGCAAAUCUAAGCUCCGUGGCAACCAAGACACCAAUUAUUAAUAUUACCAGCUGCAAGCAGAGGCAGAUAUACGGACUCGAGCAAAUAAUACCAUAUAUAAUAACCACACGUACGAUUAGCGAGGAGAGGAGUUGCAGCAAGGACGACAAGGAGGAGUCUUUUCAACUUGAUGGGUUGGUUUUAGUCACCGUCGCCAUGGUAGUCUACUGUAGCUAUCUGAACUUGUAUCGCCAUCGCAAGUCCUUCCGCAGGAAACCCACUAGUAACCACACCUUGGAGUUGCCAGGAACCUUCGGAGUGCUGCUGUAGCCUGCUCUCCGAUAUAUACUCAUCUACAACUAACCUUACAUUUAAUUAGCAGCCUCAUUCGGUCGUGCAUCAUCCACCUGUUUCGAAUGGAUUUUAAACACUUUUUAUACUUUUUAUAAGUCAAGUCGGAGGCAUUCGAUUUAAAAUCUAUUAAACAAUGUAAUUUCCGAAUUUAGUUAUAAACCACGCUUACGCUCCAAACAAAAAUUCCCUAAAACCAAAAAAAAAAAAAGAAACAAGACUACAUUCGCAAUGAAUUCAAAAUUUCUCUUGAAACCAAAAGACAAAUGCUUAAGAAGUAUUACAAAAAAGGAAAUCAACAUAACACACAUAAUCAUGCGGUUUUUGAAAACAUUCUAAAUGUUUGAUCGAGCCUCAUUUGCAUUUGCAUACUACAUUAUAUACGUUAACCACAUGGCCAUAACCAGCAUAUAGUACACGUUACUCUCCUUCACUCUGAAUUUAUACAAACCGAAAACUAUUGUAACCGACACCAGAACAAUUCUUGGAGACAGAACAUGUUGCUUGAUACAAGAUCUUUUAAAUGAUGAGAAAAAUAAAGGAAGCUUAACCGUAAAAUACCACAAAA